AAUUGUGCGCCAGAAGGUUGCCAUGGAUACGAGCUGGCGCGUCAUGCAGCGUCAGAGGUAAAAGCACUUGGAUGGGGGUGAAGCAGGUGCCGCUCUCUGAAGGCGCCUGGGAUGUCCCACUCGCUGCUAUAUUCUGCAUUGCCAUAGUGGCAUAUGUGGCUGUGGUCAUCAUUGGGUUAAGUAUCAGGCAGUGUUUACUGAAGAAGGGAAUGUGUGGCAGCCCAUGUCCUGAUGUGGCUUGUUGCAGCUGUGCUGAGUUGGGCCUGCACUGUGCCCAGGCCUGCUGUAACUGUGGCCCUCUGCCAUCUUGUGCCUCCAUGAUGGACCACUGCUGUCCAGCUGACCAGAGGUGUAGCUGUGUGAGCUGUGGCAACUGUGAAGUGUGUGAAGACUGCUCAGAUUGUAGUGAAUGGUGUCCUACCAUUCCUUGUGAUUCCUGUCAAUGUAACUUGUCAGCACCAGAGUGUUCCACUAUUAACUGCCUCUGCUGUGAAAUCACAAUAAAAGGAAAGGGCACACAAGAAGGAGACUGAUGUGGAUGUCAGCACAUUUGUACAUACUUGUUCCAACUCUGUCCAUAGCUAAAGCUGUCUUAGUUCCUCUGUUCUCUUUUAUGUUUUUCAAGUUGAGUAUGUAAUGAAGACAGCAUAUAGUGAUUGUACUAGGAAGUGAGCACCAUGAUAAUGUUUGAUUGAAAUAGACUUGCUGUGAAGUAG